GAUGCCGCCAUGCAGCACUACGGGGUGAACGGCUACUCGCUGCACGCCAUGAACUCGCUCAGCGCCAUGUACAACCUGCACCAGCAGGCGGCCCAGCAGGCCCAGCACGCCCCUGACUACCGGCCCUCGGUGCACGCGCUCACACUGGCUGAGCGCCUGGCUGACAUCAUCUUGGAGGCCCGCUAUGGCUCCCAGCACCGCAAACAGCGUCGCAGCCGCACGGCGUUCACGGCCCAGCAGCUUGAGGCCCUGGAGAAGACUUUCCAAAAGACUCACUACCCAGACGUGGUGAUGCGUGAGAGGCUGGCCAUGUGCACCAACCUGCCUGAGGCCCGGGUGCAGGUGUGGUUCAAGAACCGCAGGGCCAAGUUCCGGAAGAAGCAGCGCAGUCUGCAGAAAGAACAGCUCCAGAAGCAGAAGGAGGCUGAGGGCUCCCACGGGGAAGGCAAGACCGAAGCCCCAGCACCAGAUGUCCAGCUGCAGACUGACCAGGCCCCCAGUCUGCCCAGCGGUGACGCCCCUGCUGAGCUUCACCUGAGCCUGUCUGAGCAGUCGGCCAGUGAGUCAGCCCCCGAGGAUCAGCCUGACCAUGAGGAGGACCCCCGGGCAGGUGCUGAGGAUCCCAAAGCUGAGAAGAGCCCUGGGGCUGAGAGCAAGGGGCUGGGCUGCAAGAGGGGCAGCCCCAAGGCAGAUUCCCCGGGCGGCCUGGCCAUAGCCCCUGCAGCCCCAGGGGGUGGCCUCCUGGGCCCUUCCCACUCCUACUCCUCGUCCCCGCUGAGCCUCUUCCGCCUGCAAGUGGAGUUCCGCCAGCACAUGGCAGCCACCAGCAACCUGGUGCACUACUCGUCCUAGGAAGUGGGGGGCCCAGCCCCCGCCGCAGCUGCCGCCGCCGUGCCCUACCUGGGCGUCAACAUGGCCCCACUGGGCUCACUGCAUUGCCAGUCCUACUACCAGUCUCUGUCGCCUCUGUCGGCAGCCGCUGCUGCCCACCAGGGCGUGUGGGGGUCCCCACUGCUGCCCACACCCCCAGCAGGCCUGGCACCUGCCUCGGCUGCCCUGAACAGUAAAACCACGAGUAUCGAGAACCUGAGGCUCCGGGCCAAGCAGCACGCGGCCUCCCUGGGACUCGACACGCUGCCCAACUGACUCUCUGGCCUCCAUCCCAGCCAGGGGUGUCGGGUGUCCCCCUCCCAGCCCCGUGGCUAUUCCCAGAUGGUUCUCAAGGGGUUAAUCCUGUGAGCCCAGGGAUCAUGGGGUCUGGAAUCCUGCCCUCUACCCCAGCCUGAGGUGAAACCCACACACCUUCUGCAUGGCCCUGCUCGGACCCCGUGGAGGCUGAAUGGGGAGACGGCGAGAGGCUGGGCACCCCUGUGCGAGGCCCUCACUGGCUAGACCCCCACCUUGGUAUUGCCUCCUCCCUUCACUCCCGCCCCUCUGCCCCUAGUAAGUCGCGUGUGGAAUGUGAGAUGCAAAUAUAAAUAUAUAAAGUUCUAUUUUCAGGCACCUGCCUGCCCCAGGCCCCCCGCCCUGCUCCCAUCUCUCUCCACGGCACCCUUCCCACAACUCCCACGGCUCUCUCCCUGCUCUCUGGCUGUCUCUCUCCCCUCUCCUUCUCUUGACCUCCCUCCCUGCCCCUGGUCUGGUCCCUGCUGCGCCCUGCCCAGCCUCCACCUUCCCCCGCCCUGAUCUUUCUCCCUCUCUCUCCCGGACCCUGGCUUCUGCCCUUGCUGCUGGCUGUGUCGGUGUGUCAAGUCCCCAGCCAUCGUUUAUUUGGGAUUGUGGGUUUUUUGGUUUUAGGAAUUUCGCUUCUUCUCCUUCUCUCUUCCAGCUUUAUCCCUGCCUGCUCGUCUCUGCAGCCCCCCACUCCCAGCU